AUGCCUGGUAGCUCAGAACACCGAUACAUCAGACUUGAAGGCGAUCAUCAGCGGAAAGAAUAUUCGAGUCCCCUCCUGGCGCAUGCCGGCUGGCAUUUACAUAUCUGUCAAAGUCGACUCGAGGAGAUGCUGGAAAUCGCGUGGGGGAAUGCUGUAACUUUAUCGUCACAUGCCUCACCUGCGUUGUCAGUGGAGAUCAGGGCGUCCUUUGAGCUUGGUCGAAUGCUAGGCGGUGGAGAGGUCAUCGGGGAACUUGAAGUGCCGUGGGAUGAGCUCCUCGAUCACGGAGAUGAGCCAUUCGAUCUAUCCUUCCCAUCCCGCAUGAGUGUCUGUCCUUCCCUCACGCUGAAGACCGAUGUUGUACAUGCUAGCGACGAUCAGGAUGGUGCACUGUUUGAUUGCCUCAUAGACUGCGAGAUUGCUCGAGACACAGAUGCGGGCCACGCACAAUUCGCAAAAUAUGUGACGAGCGAGAUGGUCUCUCACCUGAACAAUGCUGUACAGCAUUUUCAAUUGGUUCUGGACAAGUGUCCGGUCAGCCAUCCAGACCAUGCAACAGCUCUCACCAACCUCGCGUGGGCCCGCCUUAGAGGCUACGGCCGAGAUGAUCUUCAAGACAUCGAUGCCACCACUUCCCUCUUCCGCGACGCCCUUGCAUUGCGUCCGCAGCCCCAUCCCGAUCAUCCCUUAUCUCUAUAUAAUCUCACCCUAGCGCUGAAUUGGCGCCACAACAAGACACGUACUGCUGCCGACAUCCGCGAAUCCGCCCAACUCUAUCAUGAGCUACUGCCUCUCUGUCCAGAGGGCACCUACCUUCGUAGCAUCGCGGCAGGGGAAAAUGGUGUCGAUUAUGUGAUCGACUGCUGCAACGAUCUUCCAAGAGACGCAUCUGAUGAAGGCAUCCACCUUCGAAGAGUCGUCCUCGAGCUCUGUCCUCUGGGCCAUCGCCUUCGUCCCAGAGCCCUCAACAGGCUUGCAGGAGCAGUUAAAGCACGCUUUAUUCAGCAUGGCAGCAUCGAUGAUCUUGACACGAGCAUACAGCUUGGUCGUGAAGCUGUGUCUCUGUGUUCCAAGGAACAUGAUGGCUACCUGAAUAGUUUGGCUUCCUCCCUCUAUUUGCGCUUCAAACACCAAGGCAACCCUAAUGACCUCGACGAGGCCAUCUCUCUGCAUGAAGAAGCGCUGCGCCUGCGCCCUGUUGGGCACAAUUAUCGAGAUAACUCAUUAAACAACCUAGGGGGCGUCCUCCUCGACCGUUUUAUAAAACGCGGCGACAUUGAUGACAUUAAUCGAGCUAUUAGCCUCCUUCGUGAGGCACUGAUGUUGUGCCCACUUGGGCAUCUAAUCCGUGACACCACACUUCACAACCUUGCCCUCGCGCUCAAAAUCAGAUAUGACAAAUCGCAUGUUAGCGAGGAUCUUAACGAUGCCAUUGACCGGUAUCGCGAAUCCCUUCAGUCAGCACCGCUCGACCAUCCAGAGCGCCAUAUAAAUCUUUACAAUUUGAGCUCGGCGCUCUGCUCUCGUUUCACACAAUCUCAGAAGAAUGAAGAUGUCGAGGAGGCCAUCACUCUUUGCCAAGAAUCGUUGGCGGCUCUGUCUUCACUGCACCCGGACAGGUAUUUCACCUACAGGUUCAUGCAGAAGGCCUAUUUGUCUCGUUAUGAGAUUCUCCACGACCCGGCUGAUUUGUCGCUCGCUAUAGAAAACUUCAGACUCGCUUCAAGGCACCCUACUCAAGGAUUCCCAGGACGCAUCAAUCGGGCAUAUCAUUGGACCAUUGCGGCGGAGAAGCAAGGUCAUGCUUCCGCGCUGGAAGCUUACAUGACAUUUUUGGAGCUUCUUGAUGGUCACUUGGCGACGCGAUCAUCCACCAUCUCACGGCGCGAAGCUGCCGCUGCCUUCCAUUAUGCCAGAUCACUGCCUGUCGAUGCAGCAUCAUAUGCCACCCGCUGUGGCAACCUCCAACACGCAGUGGAACUGGUGGAGCAGGGCCGUGGCCAGCAAUGGUCUCUAGCAUCUCGACUCAGGACUCCAGUUGAAGCCCUUGAGUCGGCAAAUCCGACACUAGCCCACAAUUAUUUACAGCUGAGCAAGCGCGUCUCUGAUGCCGCGCAGAGUUCUGCAACCAUCUCCGAUCGCGAUAGAGCUGCUGUUGAUCGGGCAGCGACAGAGUAUAGGAUACUCACAAGGCAAUGGGAAGCUGCUGUGGCAAAAAUACGCGAUCUUCCAGCGUUCUCGCGAUUCUUGCUUCCACCUUCAUACAAAGACCUCCAAGAGGCAGCGCGCCAGGGCCCGGUCAUCGUCCUCAUUGCGAGUCAACACUCAUGCAGCGCCAUCAUUGUCCCGACGUCAGGAGACCCCCACCACGUUCCCUUUCCGUCUGUCAGUCUCGCAGCUCUGACAAAACUCAAGGAUCGCUUUACCCAGGCAAUACGAGACGCAUCUAGGAUGGACCCAGCAGAGCCGAGGAAGGAUCUAAUAGUGCUCUUGCGGAUAAUAUGGGAGGAGAUCAUGCUACCCGUCGUCAACGUACUUGAGCACGUUCUGAAACUAAAGCCCCGCUCUCGAAUCUGGCUAUGUCCGACUGCAGCUUUCACGUCCAUUCCUCUCCAUGCAGCUCACCCCUUCAAGACAAAACCAGAUCGUUCUAAGGAGCCAUGCCUGGAGGAUCUCUACAUAUGCUCUUACACGCCGACACUUUCGGCUCUGGUGAGAUCCAGACAGUUGAUGAAGAAACGUGUCCCUCCGUCCUUCGUGGCGGUCGGACAAGGUCAGCCGGGUGCAGGGAAGGGCAAGGCACUGCUGGCCGUCGACAGCGAGCUCGAGCUUGUCCAUAAGCUCGUUCCUGCGACAGCCAACCGCACCACUAUCUCUGGCGACGCAGCCACACGAGCAGGUGCACUGGAAGCUUUGCAACAAAACAACUGGGUGCACCUCGCUUGUCAUGGCAAGCAGGAUCCUAAGCAGCCUUACCAUUCGCAUUUCGUCAUGAGAGACGAGGAUCUGACGCUGCUCGAUAUCAUGGAGAGAGACAUUCCUCACGCCGAGUUCGCGUUUUUAUCAGCGUGUCAUACUGCUGUCGGCGAUGAGGAGACGCCCGACGAAGUGAUUCACCUCGCAGCUGGUCUCCAGUUUUCAGGGUUCAAGAGCGUGAUUGGCACGCUGUGGCAGGUGGACGACGCUGUCGCAAAACACGUCGUCAAAGCCUUCUACACGAGUAUGUUCGAACAUGUGAAGGACGGUGGUGUGAUGGACUGUACGAAGGCAGCCUGGGCACUGAAUCGUGCUACGCACGCCGUGAAGACGAAAGUGCCGCUCGAGCAGAGGAUGGUUUUUGUUCAUAUCGGUGUGUAG